AUGAAUGAAGGAUUUUGGUUAAAACAAAGCACCUAUGAAGAACAACCCAAUAUCCGCUUUCGGUAUGAAGUACUUCUGAUUGCUGCUACCAAUACUACUGAUAAUUAUGUAGCUUGGAGCACAUUUUCAUAUUUCAAUAAUCUGCUGGGUGACAAUCUACGAAUUCCACUUUUGUUGGUGAAGGAGGAUGAUAUAAAUCAAGAUGGGAAGAUGGACAAGUUAAAUUUCAGACUGGAACUUCCAUUAUCGUCUUCUGAACAAGUUUAUAGCAUGCAGCUAAUUCUUACGUUUUCAUAUCAGCUUUUUAGAAUGUCAACAUUUGAAAUGCAAAGCAUGGCAUACAUUCAUCACUCCUCUUCACUUCCUGGGUCUCAACUUUAUAUAGAUGGUGAUCUCAAACUUCAGCAAAGACAAGCACUGAACCACCGUGGGCUGGACACCCGGUACAAUGUAUCGGUAAUUAAUGGUAGCAGCCCCUUUGCCAGUGCUUAUGAUCUUACUAAUAUCGUUGGAAGCUACCAGGAAAGAAAUGUGACAACGGUCCUCUUCUGUCCUAGUCCUGUGUGGAUUGUAGGAAGAGCUGCCAAUGCUCCCUUUGUAGUUAAUGCUGUUAUACGAUAUCCCACGCAGGUGAUAACUUACCAGCCUGGAUUCUGGGAGAUGAUUAAGGGUGCUUGGAUCCAGUAUGUUAGCAUUCUUCUGAUCUUCCUCUGGGUAUUUGAGAGAAUCAAGAUAUUUGUCUUCCAGAAUCAAGUUCUAAGAACUGUUCCAGUGACUUUGCAUAAGCAACAUCAAUCCUAAGACAUAAUUAACAAAUGGAUUUUCACUUCUCUCAGGGAUAAAAAGUCUAGUAUUGAAAAGAAACACAUUUUAGUUUGUAAAAUAUAAACCGAUUUUGUAAACAUUUUGUAAAAUGAUGCCAUAUACAGAAAUGAACAAAAAUCAUUUGUACCUGUUUGCAAAAUGCCUGAUCAUUGUAUCUUGAUUAUACAAUUACUACACUGUGUCUAUGUGUAUCAGUUCGAAAUGUUUAUUUUUGGAUAUUUAGAUGUAAUUGUUUUAGUUUUCAUUUACUUUGUCUUUAUGCCAUGAAUUAUACUUAUUACAAAGAUCAGAGAAACUUUUCAGAAGCCUGUUCCCCUGAAACUAGGGUUGUAAAAAUAAUUUUUGUAGUAAUUUGUUUUUAUAUGACGGGAGUCUUAAUUCUUUUUGCAAGGAGCAGGCAGCCUGGUGUCUUCUUUUUUUCAGUGCUAUAGCAUCACACAGUCAACAGUUGAAGAACAUAGUCCAGUUUGGUUGAUGACUAUGACAUUUUACUAGUGACCUAUAAAUCUAUUUUAUGUUUUUUUUACUGUCAUAUUUUCCAGGGUCAACAUCCUUACUCUGCAUAUGGCCACAGGAUGUGUGUGUAUGUUUUGAUCUUUGCUGGAGGAAGAGGAGGAGAUGACAAUGGAGUAAGGUUUUUUUUUUUUUUUUUUUGGCAGUGUCAGACAGGAAAGGGGAAAGAAAAAGUUGUUCUGGUUUCAGCUUAGUGGAGAAAUAAUGUUCAGUCCAUUUCCUUUCAUUAUGUAAAAUGUUUAGAUAGUGAACUUCAGACAGGCUUCUGUGGCUCUGAUGAGUAAGCUCCGUGUGUGUGAGUGUUUGUUUGUGGGGGAUUCAUUAA